GCCAGCCCUGGCUGUCAUUCUGCACUCACAGCCAGAGAGCCGGAGCAGCGCAUAUCCCCGAGUCAUGGCUUCGGGGGACCUGUAUGAGGUUGAAAGAAUUGUCGAUAAAAGGAAGAAUCGGAAAGGGAAGUGGGAAUACCUUAUUCGGUGGAAAGGCUAUGGUAGUAGUGAAGACACAUGGGAGCCUGAACAUCAUCUUCUACAUUGUGAGGAAUUCAUUGAUGAGUUUAAUGGACUUCAUGUGUCUAGGGAUAAAAAAGCUAAAAAUGGGAAACAGUCAGCAUCCAAAUUUUUACGGGGGAGUUCUAUGGAUAAGAUUUCCCAUCGCAUGACAGAGCCCAGGAAAGCUAGACUAGUAUCUCAUAAAAGUCAAAAAAUGCACUCUUUUAUAAAGCAGAAGAAGGCAGGCACAUCUAAAUAUUCUUCAGGGGACCGAGCCACAAAAACUGUUUCUUAUAGAACUACUCCUAGUGGACUACAGAUAAUGCCACUGAAAAAGAACUUGGAAAAUGGAGAUCACAAAGAGACCAAGCAUUUUGAACAGGAUUCAGAGCAGGAUAAAAAUGAGCUUGAGGAUGACAAAAUACAGCAAGGCUUGCCAGGCGGACUGGAAAUAUGUGAUUCCCCUAUUGUAAAUGGAAUAGGAGAACCUUUGACUAAUGGAGGAUUAAACUCCCAUGCGGUGAAACGGAAACUAGACGUAGAGAAAGACUACGUGUUUGAUAAAAGGCUGCGGUACAGUGUCCGUCAGAAUGAGAGCAGUUGCAGAUUUCGGGACAUAGUAGUACGGAAGGAAGAUGGCUUUACGCACAUCCUGCUAUCCAGUCAAACGUCCGAUAACAACGCCCUGACACCUGAUAUUAUGAAGGAGGUUCGCCGAGCACUAUAUAAUGCAUCAACUGAUGACAGCAAACUCCUUCUCCUUAGUGCUGUUGGAAGUGUAUUCUGCAGUGGUUUAGAUUAUUCAUACCUUCUAGGAAGAUUAUCUAAUGACAGGAGGAAAGAGAGCUCAAGGAUUGCAGAAGCCAUAAGGGACUUUGUGAAGGCUUUCAUCCAGUUCAAGAAGCCCAUUGUGGUUGCCAUUAAUGGACCUGCCCUUGGUUUAGGAGCAUCUAUAUUGCCACUUUGUGACAUUGUAUGGGCAAGUGAGAAGGCCUGGUUCCAGACUCCUUAUGCAACGAUUCGCCUAACUCCAGCUGGGUGCUCCUCAUACACAUUUCCUCAAAUCCUCGGUGUUGCAUUGGCAAACGAGAUGCUGUUCUGUGGGCGGAAGCUCACUGCACAGGAAGCAUGUAGUAGAGGUCUUGUAUCACAAGUAUUUUGGCCCACAACGUUUAGCCAGGAGGUGAUGCUUCGGGUGAAGGAGAUGGCUGCUUGCAGUGCAGUGGUGUUAGAAGAAUCAAAGUGUCUCGUUCGAAGUUUCCUAAAAUCUGUUUUGGAAGAUGUGAAUGAGAGAGAAUGUCAGAUGUUAAAGCAGUUGUGGAGCUCUCCAAAGGGCCUGGACUCCUUAUUCAGCUAUUUGCAGGAUAAAAUAUAUGAAGUCUGAUGCCACUGUGAGAUUUCAUAACUUCCUGCAAAUUCAAGUUGACAAGCAAAGGUGUACAGAACACUCCCUGUAAAUACCUGAAAUUAUGCAAUGGAAUAUUCCAUGGAAUAUUUACUACUGCUUCCAGUUUUAAUUUAUACUUGUUUUUUGUUUUACAUGAACAAAUACUGUACUGAUACAACCAUACAUACAGUUUACUAAAUGCUGUAACUUCACACAGAAAUAUUAAUUACAUUCCAUAUGCAAACGGAAACAUUUUUUCAACCGAAAUGAUUCAUUUUGAAGUCUGUAUUAAAUUUAAUUUACUUGGUAUGAGGACAUUAAUUUCAUAUGUAUGCUGUUCUAUCUAGUAAUCCAAUUGAAGUAAUAAUGUGAUAUUUGCACUUUUUUAUUAUUAUUUUGCGUACUAAAGCAUUGAGUGAUAUUUGUAUAUAAUGUUACCAUUUUCCAUUGAAAAACUAGAAUUUGUUUCUGUAAAUGAUAGAAAUUGACUAAUUUAUUUACUGAUUUUUUUUUACAUUCUUAUAAAGAAUAUAUAUAUUAUUUUUUUUUAUGGUUUGCUUCAUCUCGUUAAUGGACAUUACACAUCUUGUAGAUGCAUCUUAACAAUGCAGAAACAAAGGAUGAUGGGAGUAAUGUAAAAAUGGUGUAGCUACAUAUAGAUUAACAUUAUGCCAUGUUUUUUUGUUUGUUUUUUAUUACAUAGUUAAAUGUGAACAUCAUUUGAAGAAAUGGUUUGCUUGGCAACAGCUAAUUCUAGGUUGCAUUGUAUCACUAUCUCAUGAUAGCAUAGUGACGACUUUUGAUGGUUUUCCAUCUUUAACAUAAUGUUUUGUUGCUUGUUAGAUAAUACAUGCUUUUGUAAAAUAGAUCAUUUGUUGUAAGGUGUGAUUUCUGAAUCCUACAUGUAUCCUAUGUAAGAUUAUUUUGUUGAACCGACUAUUGUGAAUUCUUUGUAUAGUAAUUUAAGUCACAAUCCCUUUAUUGCUGCUUAUUUCCACUGUAGUGGUAAUUUGUCUGUUUACAUUUUACAUUACAUAGUGAUUAAAAAACAAGUUACAGAA